GGGUGUGGCUUGGGAUUGACUACUAGUUAUUGACGCACAAUGCAAGCCUAUCUAGUCGUCUGAAUGCAAGGAUAUAUUACGUGAUGGACAAUACACGUACCGUAAUGUUCUACAACGAUGGGUCGGUGAAGGGACAUGGCUACUUUUGCUGCAAGCCUUCUCACGGACUGUUUGUCAAACCAGAAAAAGCCACUCAUCGAGGAAUCAACUGCUCCAACAUC